UCCAUUGUUCACAUGCAACGUCUAAUCUUCUUCUUAUUUUUGAAGUCAAACCCAGCUAGCUCCACCAAGCAUAAUAAUAUAUAUACAGCACAACAAAUUGCCAAUUUUUCAUUGAAGAGUUUUCCAGAUCAUCUGACCAAACAAAACCCAGUUUUUUUGUACCUUAUGUUUCAGAUUCCUUAAAACACCAAAACCCCACUUUUUUUUGUUGUUUUCUCCCCUUCUUUUUUUUUUUUUAACUGUUACAAGUCCUAUAAUCAUAACCUCAAUUGUCAAAAUAUAGUUUCAUAGUAUAUGUACCAUCAUUACAUGUGCAUGCACUUCAAUUUGUCCAUUUUCAGAUGAUAUGGGUUUCUUGUCUUCUUGACUGUGGUGAUGGUUUGGAAGAUGAAUUUUUGAUUUUUGAUCAGGAGGUGGACCCAAGUCAAAUUUCAAAAUUUGGGUGUUUUUGCAUUUUUCACUUUUUUACAUGGUUUGAGCUCAAGUGAGGGUUUUUAGGGUAAAAAAGGGUUGUUGCAUGUGUGCAUAUAUAUGUUGAUGGAGAAAGAAGAAAAUUACUCAGUAAGCUCCAAAGCUAAUCUCUUAUAUAUGAAUCUCUCUUUUUGGUUAUUUUCCUACUGUGUUUUCAAGAUUUGACACAUCAUUUCAUGACUCUCUUCCAUUUAUCUUUGAUCUCCAAAAUGUGGAUGCAGGCAGCAGCUGCUUCCAUUCCUGGAAAUUUUACUGGUCUUCUUGAGUAUGAUGAUGAUUCUCUUGAUGACCAUCAACAAAAUCCACCACAAAUUAUUGCUGGAGAAUCUUCAUCUUCUGCUCAUCAAAUGGUUGACUACAUGGUUCAUCACAACAAUAAUACUGAUCAUCAUCAUCAACAUGAGCAACACCAGCAGCAGCCCAUGUCUCUAAGCUUUGCUGAUGUGAUGCAAUUUGCUGAUUUUGGUCCAAAGUUAGCUUUGAAUCAAGGAAAAGGUUCUGCUUCUGAUCAUCACCAGGAUCAAGAGACUGGGAUGGAUUCAGUUUACUUUCUAAAGUUUCCAGUUUUGAAUGAAAGGUUGCAAGAUAAUGAUCGUAAUCAAGAUAGUCAAGCUGGAGGAGGCCUUAUGAUGAAUCCUCAACCUGAUGAAGGUGGAAGAGGUCCACAAGAAGCAGAACCGCGGCCGAGUUCAGAAAAUAACUCAGUUCAACUUAGGUUUAAUGUUGGCGAAAACCUUGAAAAGAGUACUCCUUUGGUAGCAGAAACUAAGAAUAAGAGGAAAAGGCCAAGGACUAUAAAGACUAGUGAAGAAGUUGAAAGCCAAAGGAUGACUCACAUAGCGGUGGAAAGAAAUCGCAGGAAACAAAUGAAUGAACAUCUUCGAGUUCUUAGGUCACUCAUGCCAGGUUCUUAUGUCCAAAGGGGAGAUCAAGCAUCGAUAAUAGGCGGCGCGAUUGAGUUUGUGAGGGAAUUGGAACAACUUUUACAAUGCUUAGAAUCUCAAAAGAGGAGAAGGCUAUAUGGAGAUGGCUCAAGACCUAUAGGAGAUGUAGUAUCAUCAUCAUCACCGGGAUUUCCAAUUCAUCAGCAACCUAAUCAGCCACCUUUUUUUCCAGCUAUGACGCCGGCGCCACUGCCACUUCCGCUGCCUCUUCCUCCAAAUGAUCAGAUGAAACUAGACGAAUUUGAACCCGGGAUUCAAGAAGAAACAGCUGAGAGUAAGUCAUGUUUGGCCGAUGUUGAAGUGAAGCUACUAGGAUAUGACGCAGUGAUAAAGGUUUUGUCCAGAAGAAGGCCAGGGCAGCUGAUCAAAGCCAUUGCUGCACUUGAGGAUAUGCAGCUCAAUAUUCUUCAUACCAAUAUAACCACAAUUGAACAAACUGUUCUCUAUUCUUUCAAUGUCAAGGUUGGGAGUGAAGCAAGGUUUUCAGCUGAAGAUAUAGCAAAUUCUAUUCAGCAAAUUUUCAGUUUUAUCCAUGCAAAUAGCAGCAUAUGAUGGUGCAUUUAGCUCAUAACAGUGGUUCAUACUAGUAGAUCACCUUUUUAGUAGAUCCUUUGACACUUUAGGACACCUUAAAUUGCUGUCUUCUUUCUGAGAUCUUCCAAAUACUUAUCCUCUCUUGGCAAUACUAUGGAAUACUUAAUCAGUACAGAUGUGUAGCAAGUUGCAACAAUUCAAUAUUUAGCCGAAAAAAAGCUUUUUUAAUUUCCUUUUGUGUGUGUGUGUGUGUGUGUUAACAUUUUUGAAAUGAGAUCUUUUGAUAUUUUACUUACUGUGUAUCAAUAACAAUAUUUUAAUAGCAAAAAAAAGUAGUUAAUAAAAAACUAGUAAUUUAUAAUAGGUGGAACACAUGAGAUGAUAUAUAAUGUUGAAUUCUCCAAUAUUUCACCUAUAUUCAUAUAGGUGUAAGCUCUUAAGUAAACUAUAUAAAAGCUUUCCUAAAGAAUUA